GGCCUAUCCAGCAAACCGAUACAACACCUCCCAAUUUCCAAAUUAUAUAUUGCUGGACAUUUAAUAUUAUGAUUGUUUGAAAGCAUUAAUACAGCAUUUUAUAGGUGUGGUGUGUUGAUGACAUGAUGGCAUGUACAUCAGCUCGCUGUGAGGAUGUAGAUGUCUCGUGGUAUGCCUCCAUUGUACACAAUUGUAUUCAGGAGGAUAAACUAAGCAAACUCAAAGCUACACUCAGGAAAUUCUCCAAGGAACAGCGACGAAAAAUUGUCAACUUUAAAAUCAAUGGUAAUGCUGCAUUGUUCAAUGCUUGUUUAAAGGGAAAAGUACACAUAGGUAAUUAUAUACUUGAUGAAUGUGGAGGGGACUAUGAACAACGAGGAAUCUACGAAGUUGAAAUUGACCAUUCCCGUCAUGACGUGACACCACUAUGGUGUGCAGCUGUGGCAGGGAAUCUGGAGGUGGUUAAAUCUCUAAUAUCUCAUGGUGCCAAUAUAAAUAGUCCUUCUGACACAGAGUCUACACCAGUAAGGUCAGCCUGUUACAUGACAAACAUUGCCGUAGUGAAAUUACUGGUGGGCAAUGGGGCUGAUAUCCACAAACCAAACAUUAAUGGAGGAACCUGUCUCAUCAAUUCUGUGCAGAGUGUUCGUCUGUGCGAGUUUUUGAUAUCAAAACAAGUUGAUGUGAAUGCGAGGGACAAUUCAGGCAACCUUGCCCUGCAUUACGCUAUCAGAGAGGGAAGAUUGGACACUGUAAAGUUACUGUUGAGUUGUGGCUCUGAUCACACAGCCAAAAAUGAUUUUGGUGACGAUGCCUUACAAACAGCAGCACUGAGAGGUUUUACAUCAAUUGUUGAUUUCAUUUUAGAAAAUACUGUCCAAAAUAAUGUGACUGCAAUACAUUCCUAUGAACUUCUUGGUACUAACUUUGUUGAUGAAGUACAUGAUAUAGUUGGUGCAUUGGAUGUUUGGAAAAAAGCCAUGUCCAUGAGGUGUGCAGACCCUGAUAAUAUUAUAAGGAAAAACUUGCCCUUAGAUACCAAUUAUGCAUAUCAGCAUGCGAAAGAACCUGUGAAUAUGGCAGAAGUAGAACAAAUUAGAGAACCAGAUGAUGUGUACAUGCAGGCUUUACUCAUCCGUGAGAGAAUCAUUGGACCAUUCCAUAAAGACACUACUUUCGGGUUGAUGUAUCGAGGUGCAGUUUAUGCAGAUAGCCACAGGUAUCAACGAUGUGUGGACUUGUGGAAGUAUGCUUUCAUACUGAGAAACAAGAAGGGGGAGCCACUUAAUCAUGAGUGCCUAUUCACAGUACAGGCCCUUAUCAAGCUUUUCUGGGAGAUGCAAGUGGAGCUGGAAUCUGGCGCCACAGAGGAGAAGGUACAAAUAACAGAUGCUUUUGAGGUGUUUGCAAUAUUGAUUCAGCAAAUAGAAGGUGGAAUAAACUUUCUGAAGACACGUCCUGCCAACCCAAGUGCUUCUCUUGUUGACUUUCAACUGCUUCUACAGUUGUCCCUUCACAUGGUUCAUCUAAUAUCUCGACUGGAACCUAAAGAUCAGCAGGAAUUUGAAUUCCACAGUCUUGUACAUAGACUUGUUACCCUUGACCCACGUGGCCAAGAUAUGGAGAGCUUACUUCACCUGGCUGUGGAUCCUAAGAUCUCUCUGACGAGUGAGGAGUUCUACUCUCCCUUCCCUUCACUGGCUGUAGUUCAGACUCUGAUCGCUUGUGGGGCCCAAACUAAUGCUGUGGAUAAGAAGAGGAACACACCACUUCACAACAGCAUAAAGUUUCUUACCUACUCAGAGCUACAGAAAGAAGGAAUUCUGGCAUGUUUACUACAGAAUGGUGCUCAUGUAGAUAUCUAUAAUGGUGAAGGAUUAAGUGCUCUUCAAAUGAUGCAGAAUCAAGGUCUACCUGUUCCUCCACUGCAAUAUCGUACACUUAGGUGUCUGUCUGCAGAGGUUAUCAUGCGUUAUAAAAUACCCUAUCACACUGAGGUCCCUACAUCCCUAUUUUCUUUCAUUGAAAUGCAUGGAUGACUUUAAUUAAGUUCAUUUGUGCAGAACAAUAAGCAGAGGUAAUGUCUUAAGAAUGCUAUAUAAACCAUUUUCAUGUGAUCCACAACAAAAAAAACUGCAGUUUGCUGUAAGUAGUUAUCAAGGAGAGUAGUUCCCAGGUAUAAUUUGCACAGAUGGAGUUGCAAGACAUUCUCUAGAUUGUAGUGUCAUAAUUAUAUUAUAUGUGUACAUGUGGAAAAAAGUGCUUUAAAUGUAUUCCUAGUUCUUGUACUAAACCAUAGUAUUGACAAUUUAAAUCAUGUUUGCAUAAUCUUCCAUAUAUUCAUUUGAACGUUACACGGAAUGAUUACCUCAACAUGUAUAUCAUAAAUACACCUCUAAAACCUGGAACCAUUUUGUGCAUCUGGAACAUUUCAUAACAAGUUUUCAUUUAUCUUCCCAGUAAUAAGAUGCUGACCAAUUUUGAUCUCUAAAGGUUCUUUAAAUAACAUGCCCAACACAGAAAAAAAUACCAGAUGCUAAUUCUUCAGAAUAGUUGAAGUGUCUGAUCAUGAAAUGAUUAAUAUUCUUGGUGGUUGGGUAGUGCAAUUUUAACACUUUUUCUUUUCACUGAAGCAUCUGGGGUUCGAUUCCCAGAGCAGAUGUAAAAAGGUAUGAGGUGAUCUGCCAGAUUGUUUGGGAUAUCUGGACUCCUUCCACAUCAUGACCCUUUCCACGAGGGCCAGCAACAAUAUAAUUUGGAAUAACUUGUUUUGCAGUUGUUGUAAAAUAAGUAAUGGUUAAUAUAUUCUGGAUUGAUUCCAGACUGGAGAAAUUAUGCAUAUGGUAUGAAAUAUAUACUCACUCUGUUUGUUACAGUUAAAUUAUUUAACAAAAUUAAACUGAAAUUUCGAAAGUUGAAAGAGUUGAAGUGUUGUGCCUAUAGUUGAUCAGAAUUUAAACAUCAUAUUUUCAUUGCAGAAAUACUGAAGCUAUUGGCAAUAUAUUGGGUAUGCAUGUUUCAAUAGUACUGAAAAAUGCUAUUUGAGGGCUAUGUUGAGUUUAAAUGAUGCGUUUGUAAACAUCAACAAUGUUAAGAUGAGACUAAUGUAUUCAUAACAUAUAGAAAAAAUGGAUGUAAUCUAGAGGCAUCAGUGAUUGACUAAUAUACUUAUCCACAGAAAGUGAUAUUUGAUGUACCCAUCAUAU